CAAUUCUGUCAUUAAUUGCUCAUCACACACAUCAUGAAUUAAUAUAUUGCUUUGCGGCAGCAGGUAUUUGUAAUCAAGGUUUUAUUGAACUGUGUAAAUAAAAUAAAAAGAUUACUUUGCUGACCAUGAGAAUGUUUAUCAUGUGAACGUUCAACGAAAUAAUGACUGAAUCGUGACUAUCGGUAGGUAAGCUUUUACAAUCCAUCCGCUUUAUCGAUCAUGUGUUUUGUGUAGAUUACCAGUGUUAAUUACGUGGAACAUCGCGAUGUCCGUUCACAAUUCACAAGAUGAGGCAGACGCCGACAGGGCGCAAAUGGUAAAGAAGAUCCUGAGUGCGGCAUUUUACGCACUUGCUUCUUUUAUGAUAACAGUUGUGAACAAAACUGUUUUGACGACGUACGCUUUUCCAUCUUAUCAAGUUUUGGGAUUGGGGCAAAUGGUAGCGAUAAUUACUGUAUUAUGGUGUGGACGUGCCGCGAAUAUACUGCAAUUCCCGCCUUUGGACAGUGGGGUGGCGCGGCGGAUAUGGCCACUUCCUCUCAUUUACAUGGGUAACAUGGCCACAGGGCUUGGAGGCACGAAAGAAUUGAGUUUACCAAUGUUCACAGCAUUGCGUCGGUUUAGUAUCCUCAUGACUAUGAUCCUUGAGAGACUUAUACUGGGAGUGCGAGCCUCCUGGUCUGUUCAGAGCAGUGUGUUUGCGAUGGUAUUUGGUGCUCUCCUGGCCGCAGCUGAUGACGUGACUUUCUCAGUAUCGGGAUACACUCUUGUUCUUUUAAAUGAUGCAUUUACAGCUGCUAAUGGAGUAUACAUGAAGAAGAAAUUGGAUGCCAAAGACCUUGGCAAAUAUGGAUUGAUGUAUUACAAUGCAUUGUUUAUGUUUGUGCCUGCUGUUUUAGUGGCAUGGUGGACAGGUGACCUGGAUCGCUCCUCUGAGUAUGCGGGGUGGAGUGACCCCAUCUUUCUAGCUCAAUUUAUCAUGUCUUGUUUCAUGGGUUUCGUUUUAUCGUACAGUGUUAUGUUAUGUACGCAACACAACAGUGCCUUGACUACUACCAUCAUUGGCUGUUUGAAAAAUAUAUUAGUGACUUAUCUAGGGAUGGUGAUUGGCGGUGAUUACGUAUUCUCCUGGUUGAAUUUUGUAGGUUUGAACAUUAGUGUGCUGGCAAGCCUUCUAUAUACUUACGUUACAUUUAAGCGCAAGUCAACUCCGAGUUAUGCGUUGAUCAAUAAUGCUAAAGUGGAUACUGUAUAGUAUCGCCUACGUAGGAAACCAACCUCGUGUUCCACAUACUCUGUGUAGUGUUGACUGUACCAAAGACAGUCAUCUAAUUGUGGUGAUAUGACUUAUCAGUGACUUUGAAAAGUGAUAGUGACCAAGUCAAGUAAUGGAUGUUAUUUGGAUCAGAUAUUAAUGUGUAAUAAAAAAGUUAAGAAACAGAGUUCAGGCAUCCAGUCUGUAAAGAUAUAUGCAAACUAGUAACCAGUAUUGUAUCAUGUUUCUUAUAAGAAAACAUAAUAUGUAAUAAUUAUUUUUGGAAUACAUUUGGCCAUUUAUGUUUCUCUUGGAAUGACAAACAAAUGAAAAAAUAUUUCACUAAGGUUCAACUGUUUGCCCUAAAAAAUCUUACAAUUGUAACAGGGAUAACCCUAUUUUAAUGAUUUCAAACUAAUAAGUAGAUGUAUUAAAUAGAACAUUGAAUGAACACUAUAAGCAUAGUCAACUUAAUGUCAGGCUACCUUGCUUGAUACUCCAAGGUGUGGUCAUAAGAGGAGAGGCUAGUUCACAUUGGAUUUGGGUAACUUGAAAAUAAUAUGCUGUUGACUGUACAGACUAGUCGCCUUGGUACUCUAAGAAUCUACUCUGAGCAGGUUCUGUAAAUAUGUAAUGGAAUAUAUUUUUAAUACUUAAUUUUUCUUAAGAACUGUUUGCAAUGACUUAAGCACUUGUUUAUACACACUUAAUAGUUGUUAAUAUUUAUGAACUGUAUUUUGUAUAUUGUUCCUAGCAGAAUUAAUAAGAGGUAGUCAUAUUGUUGGCAGAAUCAUGAGAUCAUGUCAUCUUAGACUCUUUUACAUAUGUGAGCAAUGGUUGAUAUUUAUUUUAUAUAAGAAGUACACUGACUUAAAAUGAAUAGUAUUUAUAAAAAAACUUGCUUUUUCCCCACAUGUAAAUUACCAUAAUAUGUCCUCCAUACUCUAAAAUUUUAUGGACAUUGGUUUAGUAGGUUUGACGUGAAAGACAGAGAAACACAAACGUGUUAAUAUCAAAGAUUUCAAUUAUUAUUUUUUUGAAAUUUGUGUUACGAAAUACUAACUCAACGAUACUAUAUUUUAUAAUAAAUACUUAUGUAAGUUUGUUCCUCAUUAUGCCCUGGCCGAAAUUCGAACCCGGGUCUCCGGUGUCGCAGACAACCGUACUACCGCUGCACCACAGAGGCCGUCAAAAUGAUGCUAACUAUUUUCACGUGGGCAAAAGCUAGUUUAUAGUUAAAACUCAUUCAUAUGAUUUAAAAUGUUUUUUUUUUUUUAAUUAUACACUUAAAUAUUUUGGUAAUUUGAACAAGGAUUUAAAACUAAUUAAGGACGUUAUUGGAAUUUGACUAAUCUGAUUUUAGUCUUAAAUGUGAACUGGUAUUUUUUUAUUUUACCUUGUAAUGUGUCAUUGUAUAUGUUAUUAUUUGUUUACUUUUAUUUUCUUUUUUCUCAAUAAAUAAAAAUAAAAUAUGUACGAGUAUGAGAAAAUUUUAUACAUUAUCAUCUACUGAUAUUAUAAAUGUGAAAGUUUUUAAGGAUAAAAGUCGGUGUGGGUGCGUGGUUGUUACUCACGCAAACUCUGCUAGACGUAUUUUGAUAAAAUUUAUAAACAGGUAGAACAUAUAAUAGUUAAUCCCGAAAUUCUAAUGGCAGCGACGCAGCUGAGCAGUUCUGUAUAAAAUGUACCCUAUAAGUUUUUCCAGGUUAUAUUCUACGCUUGUACAAAAUUUCGUCAAAAUCCGUUCAGUAAAUUUUGCGUGAAAGUGUAACAAACACACACACACAUCCUUAAAAAGUUUUGCAUUUAUAAUAUUAGAAGUGAGGAAAGAUUAAGCCAUUCGGUUCAACGUGAGAUUUCAGUAUUUUCAUAAAUGUCGACUAUGUCUAUCCCGCGGAGGGUAAAUACGCGAUAUUUGUUUGUAUGUACCUAGGUACGUUCACUUAAAAAAAUUGUUGGUAUCAAGGUAUGACAUAUUUAAGUAUAAUUUAAUUUAAACAAGUUAAACAUUUAUAUAUAUUACAUCUCUUUCCAUAAGGUAAAGACAGAGGCUACGUCUUUUCACUUGUAUAAAUGAUAAUUUUAUUUUAAUUUUUUUUUCAUGAGGUGGGACUAAAAAAUCUGUAUAUGGUCAUAUAUUAAAUGGUAUAAUUCUUACCGAAAUCGCUUAAUAUCAUAUUUCUAAGAGUAGAUUUACUAUUUAAAAUGCCAUUAUAAUAUGUCAUUGUAUCUGAUACUGAUAAGUGUUAUCUUUUAAAACAUAUCAUUUCAUUAUGUUGAUUUAAUCUCAUUAUCUAAAUACAUUUACGGGCUGUUGUCUUUGCCAGACUGCGACAGAAUGAUGGUUAUGUAUUUUUAAGUUUUGAGUUAUUUUUACUUUUUUAAGUCUUUUAUUCUGGGUAUUGUAACUUUGGGUGCACUGACUUUACAUUAGGUAUCUUGGUGUAAAAGAUGAAUAAGGGGAUUAAGGACAGGGGUCAAGUCUGUAAAAAAUCCAAAAAUGUGUUGAAAUAUUGAAAAGUUUUUGUCAUUUUGAGUUUAAUACUAUCGCAUAGACGUGGCUGCGACUACAUAUAUGUUUACCUUUUCGCUUUGAAUUAAGUCUGUUAAAACACAAAGGUACCUACCAACCAACCAAGUAGUUUUUCACAUCGUACUUAUUCAGUUGCUAAUAGAUAAGGACUGUCGAAUGAAAAAAAAAACUAUUUUAGCGAGACUAUCGAUAAGAAAAUAGAAAUAAAUUGAUUUUCAAAAUAGGGAACAAGUUCUCACAUAAUGACGUCAACGGAACUUUUAAUUAAAUCUACUGUCGCUUGCAAAGCGCAAGUGUAAAAGGAGGCGCAGAACAAACUACAUUGCGCCUUUUUGCCGGACGUCAAUUUACACACUAUUCCAUUUUUAUUUUUUUAAAGACUUGAUUAACUUGUUCGACAGCUUUGCUUUAGUUUCACAACAAACUGCUUCACAAAGGGUAGAUAAUUUAUACUGCAUUUAAUCGCAUCUGCUCAAAGCCUUCUCGCUAAUUGCAGAUAAAGGAACGCCAGAAGUUUGUCAAAGGUGCGGGAAACUAGCUGUUAGAUGCCAAGUACAAAUAUUUAAAGGAUGUAGAUGUUCUGAGAAGGAAAUUAAACAACUUUCUCACCUACAUUUAAAAGGGAAAAUUUAUAAUAAACUGGUCUCGAUAUACCUCCCUUAAGUUUGUGAUGUCAGAUGUUCUGAAUAUGGGUUUAGUGGAGUGGACAGGUGUUGUGUUAGGUUUAAUGGGUAUACAUAAAAUGAAAACCAACAUGGAAAAAUUUACUUUAAGGCGGGAAAAAUUACCUUGAAUAUUUUCCGUGUGGAGGAGACAAGAAUAUAGUCUGUCUCUUAUUAAAUAGGCCCAAUUUAAAAGAAUCAUUCGAGGUCCCUUGAACUUGAUUUUAAUGCCUCUAGAUUGGUUAUAUAUUUUAAUGGCGAUAAAGAGAAUAAGUAAUUAUGUAUGUAAAAAGUAAACUUCUAAUUAUACAUUAAUACGUUGGCAAUAGGAAAUUAAACCCUUAUCAGUAUUACUACUCAGUGAUGAUAAGAAAAUAUUGGUGGAAAAUUAAACUUUAUUUUUAUAAGUGAAGAGUGCACAUUUGACAUUUAGAAUUUUUUGUCUGUCUGUAUGUAUAUACAGGCGUAUAUUUGUACAAAAAAAUUGCUUCUUUUGUUCUAUCCAUUCCAGCCUAAAAUACUAAAUGUACGGACAAAAUAUUUUUACUGUUUUAUUACAUCUAUAGAUUGGGAUCUAAAGAAUCAAAUGUUCUCCCGACCAAAUCGCUUGGGAGGAUAAUUGAUGAUGAUAUUUAUAUCAAUCUUAAUUCAUAUUUAAUAUUGCCACUAGAUAAACUACAUACUUUUAGUAUGAACCUUAUUUAAUAACUAUAUUGUUGGCGUAUAUUAUGGUACCCUUGGUAUAUAGGUACCUACUAUUAUUUCUAUAGCGUUAUAUUCCGUUUGUGAUAUAAUCAUAGAUUUAAGUAUAUAUAAUUACUGAUAUAAUUAUUGUUUUGUAAAUAUUUUUUCAUCAAAAUUAUGGAAUAAA